GACGAAGAGGAAGAAGAAGAUGAGGAGCUCGAGAGUACUAGCCUUUCUAUGAGAAGAUCCCCAGAUUUUGAGAUCCAUGAUUCAGGGCAAAUGAUUUGCUUCGUGGAUGGAAAAAGUAAAAGGGUAUGAGGAUGUUCAAUCUGUUUGGAAUCUCCAUUCAAGUGGGACCUACGGAAGAUCUCUUUUUUUGACCAUGAUGACUUCAAUCGUGAAUAUCAUGUUUUCUUUUCCUUUUUCUUUUCUUGACUUUUAGAUGCUUAUAGCCAAGCUUGAAUAGAAUAGUAAGGCUAAAGGAAGAAAGGGAAAAAUGAAAAAGGAAAAGGAAGGAAUCCUUUGUUUUCUUUCAAUUUGAAAGCUGGGAAACUGAGUCAAGACUUGCUUGCUUUGGAAUUUUGCGAGGAAAGGGGCUAUUAGUUAUGAUAAUUGCAAAGAUGUAGAUGUCGUGACUGUGAUUCCAGAGUACACAACUUUGACAGCACCAGCAUCGUCAGUCAACUUGGAGAUCACUUAUGAUGGUAGAGUGAAGGAUCACUCCUUUAGUAGCUCAAGAAUUAGGUCUGUAGAUGACAGUUCUUUCCACUAUGAUAGUGGGACUGAUAGUAUGAGUGUGUCUUCAUCAGUCUUUGAGUUCCAGAAGUCUGACCAUCGGGCACCACAAAGAGUGCCUCUUGCACCCUUUUCAAAACCGGCACCAUCGAAGUGGGAUGAUGCACAAAAGUGGAUAGCAAGCCCGACAUCUGGCCAUCCGAAGAAUGGCCAGGUCAAUCAAGGGAUUGGAUUGCGGAAAUUCAGUCAAUUUGGUUAUGGUAGCCGGCAAUCAUCUACCAAGGUGGUUGUUGAAGUGCCUGAUCAGAGAAUGGUACCAUAUGAGGAACCGGAUACCAAGCGGAUUGACACUAGCCAAGCUAAGAAGGAGACCGGAGUGCAGAAGUCUGUGAGUUGGGAUUCUAAUCAGUUUGCUUCUGAAUCAUACAGCAAGCCAGUUCCCAUGAUGGAAAAUUGCAUCGGAGAGUCAGCAAUUAACCUGAGCCGCCAUGAUUCAUCUCUUUCCAUCCAUAGUGCAACAACAUUCAUACCACCACCAUCAACUGCUAGGUCUGUGUCAAUGAGAGACAUGGGUACAGAAAUGACUCCAAUUGCAAGCCAAGAGCCUUCGAGGACUGGAACACCUGUGAGAGCAACAACACCAGCCCGAAGUCCUAAUUCUUCUAGGCCUUCAACUCCAGGAAGAGAUGCCCCAGCUCCGUCUCCAAUUGAUCCUCCGAAUGAGUGUUUAGAUCCUGACAGAAAAGAGUGGUCUGAAAAGGAACUCCAGAUGAAGACUCGAAGAGAGAUCAUGGUCCUGGGAACUCAGUUGGGUAAGAUGAACAUAGCUGCCUGGGCUGGAAAGGAUGAUGAAAAUAAAGAAGCAUCAGCAUCGGUAAAAACUAUAUCAACAGAACAAGAAGCUAAAAGUGUCAUUGAGACACGUGCUGCAGCUUGGGAGGAAGCAGAAAAAGCGAAAUACAUGGCCAGGUUCAAAAGGGAAGAAAUCAAGAUACAAGCAUGGGAAAAUCACCAGAAAGCAAAGACAGAAGCUGAAAUGCGAAAAACUGAGGUGGAAGUAGAGAGAAUGAGGGCCAAAGCACAAGAUAAGUUAAUGAGCAAGCUGGCAACUCUUCAACACAAGGCUGACGAGAAGCAUGCAGCAGCAGAGGCUAAGAGAAACCGCUGUGCUGCUAAAACAGAGCAGCGUGCAGAAUAUAUUCGCAGAACUGGGCACGUGCCUUAUUCAUUUUCCUGCUGCCAUUGGUGCUUUUGAAGCAAAAUCCUUCGGCCAUUGUUACAAAUGAUAUGUUUCGUGUAGUUGUCCUUGUAUACCUCAUUUCAGUGUGCUUUGUAAAAAAAAACCUAACUGGUCGUCGUCAUGAGAUAUUGUAACUAAGAUCAUGUUGAUUUGGCCCCCUACCUUUUUUGUUUUUGUAUUUUAAGGCCUAAAUAUCGCAGAAUUUGAUA